CGCGCGGCGCCCGGCGGCGGCAUGCAGCCGGAGGCCGAGGGCGGCCGGCCUCGCCGCAGGAAGCCCGACAUGGCGCUCUACGUGCCCAAGGCGCGGCGGGAGAGGACGGCCCCGGGAGCGGGUGGCUCGGCUGCCGGCGCCGACCGCCGCCCGGCGCGGGACGUCUCCGAGGGCCCGGCCGCUGCCAGGACGCGGGCGGCGAAGGAGAGCGGAGCGGCAAGGCGGGACGGCGAGCCGGACGCCUGGGCCCAGGAGCCCCGGGCAGCCUCCGCCGGGGAGCCCGGCGCCGCCGCGGAGCCGCAGCUGGAGAGCCCGCGAGCCAGCAGCCCCGCGGGCCGGGGGCCAUCGCCCGGCGCGCCGGAGCCCUGCCCGGAGCCGACCCCCACGGAGGAAGCGUCCCCGCGCCCUGGGAGCAGGGAGUGCGGCCACCCGGAGGCCAGGACAGCGCCGAGCCCUUGCGCCCGGCGCGGGGCCGCCGAGCCCGGGGGCGACGCUGGCAGGCAGGCGGCAGCCCGGCUGGGCGGGAGCGCGGCGCAGCAGCCGGGGGCGAGCGGCGAGGGCGGCCAGCAGCGGGCCGGGCAGGGCUGCGGCGCCGGCACGCCAGAGCGCGGCGAGGCUCUGCCCGCAGCGCCGAGCACGGACCGUGCCUUCAGGGCCGCCGGCGAGGAGGAGCGGGAGAGGCCGGGAAGCGUGCCCGAGGGCCUCUCGGAGGCGCCCGCAGGAGCUGGCUGCCAGCCCGGCUGCUCGGGGGGCGGCGGGGACGAGGCGCUGGCGUUCCCGCGGGAGAGCACCGAGCGUGCCGCCGGCGGCGGGGAGGCUGCCGGGGCGCGCGGCGGCCAGCACAGCUCCCCCGGCACGGCGGCUGGCGGUGCUGGGGCCGAGAGCAGCCCACGGCACCCGGGCGAGGGGCCGGCGCGGGCGGACGAGGACGCCGGAGGUCCCCGCGGCGCGCGGGACGGCGGCUCCCCAAAGCCCGGCCAGGCCAGCGCGAGCCCGGGAGCCGAGGAGAGCUGGGACACGCUGUUCAACGACGACGGCGACUGCCUGGACCCGCGCCUCCUGGAAGAGCUCUCGGGGGGCGAGGAGCGCCGGGAGAGCCUCCAGGAGCCCCGCUUCGACUACUACGGGGCCGAGCCGGCCGCGCCGGACCUCGGCGACGACGAGCUGCCCCACGUCAUCGAGAUCUACGACUUCCCUCCGGAUUUCCGCACCGAGGACCUGCUGCGCGUCUUCUGCAGCUACCAGAAGAAGGGCUUUGACGUGAAGUGGGUGGACGACACGCACGCCCUGGGCAUCUUCUCCAGCCCCAUAACGGCGCGCGACGCCCUCAGCACCAAGCACCUGAUGGUGAAGACUCGCCCGCUGUCCCAGGGCACCAGGGCGGCCAAGGCCAAAGCCAGGGCGUACGCCGACUUCCUGCAGCCCGCCAAGGAGCGCCCGGAGACGACGGCGGCCCUGGCCCGCAGGCUGGUGAUCGGCGCCCUGGGGGUGCGCAGCAACCAGACGAGAGCCCAGCGGGACGCCGAGCGCAAGAAGCUGCAGGAGGCCCGGGAGAGGAAGCGCCUGGAGAACAAGCAACGGGAAGAUGCCUGGGAAGGCCGGGAGUGAGCCGGCAGGCUGCACCUUCAGCCCUGCUGGCAACGCUGCCGGGGGCUUGCGCCCCUCGCUUGAGACAGGCCAGGCACCCUGCGCUUGGCGGCGGGUGCGGGUCCUCCCGGCACCCUGCGGACUCUGCGCCAGGCGCCAGCAUGCCAGGUUGCUGCACCGAAGCAGGACGGAGCAAGCGCAUGGCUGGUCCCAGGGCUGAGCAGAGCGCUCGUGGGCUGCUCUAUGCUGGGCGAACGCUGCUGCAGGCGGGCCGCGCUGCCUGGCCGUGCCCAGGGCACGAUGCCCCGUGCUGUCAGCAGCAGCCGGGGCAGAGCCGGUUGGAUGCGGGGAGCUCUGCCGCGAGCACUCUGGGCUGUGCGCCGUGGACGAAAGUCGCUUUGUGAACAGAAGUCACUGUACGUUUAUUUUGCUAAUAAAUCCCCUUUAUUUUACAUUGA